AUGUCUUCCAAUUUCGAUUUUUCAUCGGUCGUGUUGUUGCUGUGUUUACUUGCGUGUUGCUGUGUUCAUGCGAAAUUGGAUGAUGUGAUGAGAAAUGAGUUGUUAACUCUUCACAAUAAAGCAAGACAAUCUGUUCGAAAUGGUCAGCUUUUCGGACAACCGAUAGCAGUCUCCAUCAAACCACUGCAAUGGAAUGUGGAAUUGGAAAGGAAAGCACAAAAUCUGUCUGAUCAAUGUCGUGUUGGACAUGAUACAAAUGCUGAUCGUAAAAUACCGAAAUUCCAAUAUGUUGGACAGAAUUGGGCCGGUGCCAAAGACAUCAAAACCGGAUUUCAAUCAUGGUUGAACGAAUACAAGAAUUAUGACUUCAACACGAGAACCUGUCGUAUGGGUCAGUGUGGUCAUUAUACUCAGAUUGUUUGGGAAGACACUACGGAUGUUGGAUGUGGUGUUACGAAGUGUCCGAAUUUCCCAUACGGACUAAGUAUUGUGUGUAACUAUGGUCCUGGAGGUAAUUACGCUGGACGUCCACUGUACAGAACAACAUGA